UUCGAGCAAUAAAUGUUUCUAUUAUAUUGCUCCAAUGUCUUUAAACGUAGUAUCGGAUUCUGAGUGAGUGUGUACUGCCUGGAUCUCUUGCGUGUGACUUGAAGAAAAUCCAAAGUUUGUGCAAUGUGUCAACACGAAAUUGUGAUCUCCAGCAGUCGAAUUUUGGUGGCGUCUACCGGUGUAUAAAUGGUCAAUGAGGGCACAGGAAACACCUCACUGCCUACGACAGCUGAUGCCAUUGUAUGUGGUGGACACAAUGAGCGGCAUGCCGGGCCUCUUCAUCGCUGGCAUCUUCAGUGGUUCCCUGAGCACCGUCUCGUCGGCCGUCAACUCGCUGGCUGCCGUCACAUUGGAGGAUUACUUUAAGCCACUGUACGUGCGGUACCGGUGCCACCCGCUGGCGGAGUCGCGGUCGCCGCUUGUGGGGAAGCUGCUGGCACUGGUGUUCGGACUGCUGUUCCUGGGACUGGCCUUCAUGGCGCAGUUCCUGGGUGGCGUGCUGCAGGCCAGCCUCACGAUAUUCGGCGCCGUCGGCGGACCCGUGCUCGGCUUCUUCUCGCUCGGCAUGUUCCUGCCCCACGCCAACGAGCCGGGAGCCAUAACGGGCCUGGCCACGGGGCUCGCCUUCUCCAUGUGGGUCGGCUUCGGCGUCUCCCGGCCGGACGCAGUGAGGCUGCCCACCAGGACGGACGGCUGUGACUUCAACGUUACGGCCACACCGCCGCCGCCCACCCAGGACCCCAGCGAGUACUUCUACCUGUACCGCGUGUCGUACCUGUGGGUUGUCAUGCUGGGAUUCCUGCUGACACUCGUCGUGGGCGCCGUCGCGUCGUGGGUGGCGGGCGUCACCUGCAAGGGGGACCGCAGCUUGCCGCCGCCAGACCCCGACCUCUUCGUGCCGCCAGUCCGGAGGGUGCUGCUCGCGAGGAGAGGGCGCAGGGGCUCCAACCCGGUGCAGCUGACACGUGUGGCCGGUGACCUGUCCAAUGGUGUGGGACCAGCUGCAGACACCAAGAGCCAGGAGGAGCCGCUCAAUGGCAUAGGUGGCCACCACGUCACCCCAAUGUGAUGUCGACAGAGUACAGUGGGGACUGCUGUGAGCUGAAAGGUGCUGAUCUGCAGGUUCCCAGCCUGAGACAUUCCAGCCUUCUCUACAGAGGCUGCAACAACUUAGUCUAUUUAUUUUCUAGUUUUGUAAAAAAGGAAAAAAAAAUGUAAACACUCAGUAUUCCUCAGUUUGUAAUAGCUGUGCUUUUUAUUCUCAGUUCUCUUCUGUUCAGCUGAAUUGCUGCAAAUAAUAAAGCACUGCAAAAUCAGUUUUA